AUGGACGGAUCUGCAUCCGAUGUGGACGAAAGCGGUAUCGCUUCCUCGCCUAUAGCCAACUUUGAACCGUCUACUCAGCGUAAAGCACUCCAUACGGAGGAUAUGAGUAUGAAACAUGAUUCCACCGGAAGUAUAGAGCCUAAAUCGCUGCUCACCAGUGAUUCUUUGGAUCGGUCCAAGCUUCAAUCUGCUGCGCAUGUUGGUGUAUCUGGUAUCGCUCUACGGAACCGGAUGGAAAACAGUGGCCAUGUUAACGGAUUAGAAGGGCUUGGCGUUGACGUGUAUGACCAUGAAGCAAUGGAGAAGAAUAUUAUGAAUCAAAUGGAUACAGCUAUACAGAAGGAGGAUAUGAAACUCCACAUGGCGAAUAUGGACGAG